UCCUAGGUUUUCUGGCAGUCUAAUGGCUUAAGGUUCCUAGGUUUUCUGGCAGUCUAAUGGCUGAAGGUUUACAGCAAGAAACCUUCAGCCAGAGAACAUGGAAAGUAAUGAAAAAAUGCUAUUUUUUAAACGUAUGUAUAUUGGUGCCAUAUGGAAACAUACAAUUUUCUAUUGAUUACUUAACCUGGUUCCCAACAAAAAUGUCCGCAAAACUAAUUUGCAAACGUGUUCAUUAAAUGUUUAUCCCAUGA